AAGUCUUUUUUACAUUAUUUAGAACGAGGUCAAUAGAAUUCGGAAUAUCCGAUUUUUGUUCUUGAAACAGACUGAAGAUAAAAUAUGCAUUAAAGAGACUUAACGUUUAUAAGUAACAAAAUACUAAUAGUUUCAUAACUACAAUAUUUAAUAAUGUACAAAUGUUACGGACGUUUCCGAUACAAUAACUACUGCUCGAAAGAAUACUCGAGCGAAUAACAUUGUAAUAUGCCAGAAAAUGUGUGCUUAUAUUACGGGACUUGCUUUUCCGCUCUAUAUCUUCUUAAUAAAGAAAACUUAUUAAUUUCUGUAAGUUAUGAUAAAAAAAGUACUUUAGAAUUUUUCUAACAUAAUAAGGGAAAUUCGCGUGCAUUGAUUUCUUUUAGAACGCUUUCAAAGAGGCAAUCAUUGCUCCCUUUGUUUAAUCAAGAUACGUAAAGUUUCCGUUAACAAUUUAUGUUAUUACAGAAAUAUCAGAGGUCGACGGUUUGUUAUAAAAAAUGUCGUCGAAUUUUUAUUAAAAAAACAAUUGGAUGCAACCAGAAGUUGCACGGAAAGUCUGAAACAUUUAACAUAAGCGAUAUCUCUUGUGAAACGAUCAUCGUUUCACAAGAGACGGGAAUAAAUGACAGAAAAAACUAGAAUUCUAUCAUCGGAAAUGUAUUUUCUACAGAACGAAAUCUCAAAGGCAUAAAACUCAUUUAAUUAUGUUUCCGCGUAAGGAAGCACUCACUUGCAGAAUAUAUUUUCACGCACAGUAUAUUGAAUCGGUAACCAUGCAUCCCUUCUGUUAUAUCUAUUUGUUGGCAUCUUUAUUUAAAGACAAUAGUAUAAUAUUUUGACGUCAAAUCUGAAUCGUUUCAAUUAUUCAAUUUGCCACCUUUGUUGAGUCUUUAUUAAGCGGUAUUACUUUCAUGAGUCGUAGAUAAUACAAAUGCUAAUGCGGCACAGAAUCGCGCGACUGAUGAACUGCGCAGCCUUGUCGCUGACAUUAUCAGCUGACUUAUAUGCUGUCAUCGCGCUCGUCGAGCGAUUCUCAUUUGGCUUUUCCAUUCGGAGGUCUCCUUCUCUUCUCCGGGAAGAGUAGCGAUGAGAAGGCGUCGAGUAGGAUCGCAUCUCAUUUUCACGAUGAUAUCGCGAAGCGUUUCCUGAAUGGGCAGACAGAACCUGGAGCGGCCAAGAGCGGCCGGUGGAUGAGUAGGACAGUGUGUCGCCGUCCUGCACGUUGGGCCCCGUUCUUCUCCACGUGACCUGGCCACUGACCCACUUUGGUUUCUCCUGGUUCCCUCUCUCUCUAUCUUUCUCCCCGAUGGUCCCCCUCCCGACCCCCACAGUUCGUACUCGACGGCUUCUGUCCUCUGUGAAACGGUGGUCCUCCCCCCCUCCCUUCUUCGACGCACCGGGCUUCCGUCGAACGUUGCAUUGCCACCACCAUAAACGACUUCCACCAUCGAACCGGCCACCACCACCGAUCUUCGAGUCGAAGGCGCCGCUUAUGACUUAGCCAUGCGACUCCAGCAACACAUGCCGUGGCACAAGGUACGACGGCCAGACAGGUACCAUCCCGUUUGCUAGCCGGAUGGACGAUCGCGCGGUACAGAUCGGUGCGAGCGCGUAAGAGUCACAGAGACAAGAUCUCCAAGUGCGAGCAGCAAGUCCCGCGAGGACGAGUCCUGGUACCGCUGAUGCCGCCUAUGGGCUGACCAGUGUAAAUACGCGCGCGACAAUAAGAGCUCAAGACACGUGAGAUCGGUGCACCGGUUCGGGAUUCGAUCGCGGGUGUAGCGCACAUGCCGGCGACUCGACUGACAAGACGAGAGCGAGUUGAGUGAAGAAGUGCGAAAGGGAUCAGUGAGAUCUCUCGAUAGGGGAAGCCACGCGGAAGGGACGAUCCAAGGGCAAGGUCGCGUUUCCACUCUCACGCGGAAGCAGACCGGAAGAGCGGACCCGUCGUCUGCCGGAAUCAAAACGACGUUAUGAGACGCGCUUAACGUGCCCUCUCGGUUGCAUCCAAGGUUAAUGCGCUGCACGAUGGUUGCUGAGAAAGGUAUUUGUCUGCUGUUCGUCAUCCUUACUCUGACGUGCGUCUUUUCUCAUCCCUGGACGCCUCAAAAUGAAGGCAGAAAGUUGUUUGGCGGCUACACGAUAGUGCCGAAGGCGUGCCGGCCAUCGUUGCCGUCGCGCAUCAAAUCGAGCGAGCCGGCGAUAUGCAUGUUUAAUUACGAAUGCACACGGCGUAACGGUGAGGUCGUCGGCGCCUGCAUGGAUGGCUUCCUCUUCGGUGCCUGCUGUCAAUUACCGCCGAAGAGCUCGAUGAAUGGCAACGACGAUCCGCCAGGCACCGAGGAGCUUCACGGUCUGCAUCCCAUCGACCAUGUACCCGACAUACCAAUCCUGCUGAACCCAGAUGGCACACCGGUUGGUAUGUCAGUGUCGUCGAGCGGCGACACCACGAAGAUCAACAAACCAAAUGUCUCAAGUGGCGACGAGAUAUACACAAAGAUCUCUAGUUCGAAUCAAGUCUCAUCGCUGACACCACCGUCACUCGAUACGACGAAUAAUGCCGAAAAAACGCAGCUGCCCCAACAGGCAGACGUAAGCCAUUUAACCGAGGAUUUCCCCAUUCUUCUGGGCCAGCAGGAUAUCAUCGAUGACCUAAGAUUGCCAGGACUAUUGACGCAUUCAGAUUCUAGUAACGAUAUUCAGAAUCAUCAAGAUUCAUCGGCGGCAAGACCGAUCGCUACGUUGCUAAGUACCGAUCAGAUUCUGCAAAUAGCGGAUCCGGUCGAUCAGCUUCCGGCAUUGUUCUCGUAUGGACUAAGUCAGAACAAUCACAGUGAUCCAGAGACGAUAUUAUUAAAUGAGAAUGGCACAGUGCUCGAAGAGAUCAACAAUCCGGAUGAGAUCUUUCAACCCUCCACUGAAACGUCAAUCGAUAAGAUGGUCACGCAAGUUGGUAGCACGUGGAUUAAAUUCUCGGAGCAGCCCGCGUCUUCCACGGUGGAAUUGAAAUCCACGUCGCAAGCUCCUAAAUCGACAUCCGUGAUAACGAAUACGCCUGUGGUGAAUCAUAUGUACACCAACGUGCAAAAAGUUACGAGCGAUUUUCCUAGCACACCACCGAUCAUAACAAGCACGUUCGAGAAAACGAGCACAAUCGAAAAGAGGAUAUCUACGAAAAUGGCAUCGGAUUCAAUAAAGAUCGAAGCUACCACGCCCAUGACCUCUUCCAGCAUCAAGGAUGACUUGGUGAAGGUGCCGACUAUUAUAUACGAUUUGCCGUCGGGCAACAAAAAGAAGGAUGACGUACUCGACAAAGAAGAAAUUGCCAUUAAUCACAUAAUUUCCAUCCUAAACGAUACUACGCCAAAUUCGGAUGUAACGGUGACUCUUCCAGUUCCCAAUUCCUCGCCAGUUCAAGCCUGGGUGAGUAUCGACGAGACCUCGAAGCCCACCCACGUCAAAGUCAGCUCUUCGAAUUAUCGACCCACGACGCCCGCAUCUUCGACUUUCCCGUACAGCUUUUACAAACCCUCCUUACAACCCAAACCUUCCUCGGCGUACUACAACUACGAGCUCGUACCGACCCAGACGACUUACACAUCGUAUCACCCGACCUCGAACGGUCCGCGACCAUCCACGCAAACCUACUCCGGCACCAGCAGUAAUUUCAUCAGCAAUCGACCUACGACGAACCCUCCGGCGCCAACGGUGAUAGUCCUUGGUCCGCUUGGAACGGGCUUUACCACGCAAACUACUCAGAAACCCGUCACGAGGAGGCCUUCAGGCACAACUAGCAAGCCCGCUUCAGUUUCGAUUAAAACCACUCCCGUUAGACCUAUCACAUUAAUCACUAGGAAACCCAGCGUGACCACUACCAUAACUCACAACAUCAGCACUGUCAUCUCCAAUGUCGUCAAUAACAGUAAUGUGGUCUCCACUAGUUACAUUAGCGUCAAUUUAAAAGAUAGUACUAGUGCGAAACCAUUAGUCGAGGUCAGCACGGAGGCGAUCGCUACCCAAACGACAGGCACAAAGACUCGGCCAAGCACGAAGAAGCCCGUGAUCUGGACCACGGUCUCUUCAUGGUCGAGCAAGCCAGCGUUUAAUCUGAAGCCAUCGACGUCCAGCGUCAGUUGGCUGAACAAUAAUUUGACGCCGAUUAAUAAUGUUAUAUUCAAAGAUACACCGAACAAGGCUACCACUGCCGCACCUUGCGAGGAUGAGACUGCGGCACCGGAUGAUCUUAUCAACUUCCCGCCAGUACGGAAUCCAAAUCUCAACAUCUCCAUGCCAAUUUCGCAGCAAGAAAAGCCGACGAUUGUUGAAACGUACAACAAUACUGGGUAUCCGGAUAUCGAGUUGAUCAGCGAACACGAUAUACCGACGCCCACGUUCGUUGAAGACGACGUGCUGACGAACAAAGUAGACGCUUUCGUUAACAAGCUCGUCGAGUCGCUGCAGGGUAACUUCCAGGAUCUAAAAGAAAUGGUCUACACUCGAAAUGGCACCGUAGAGACUUCAACGAUAUCUUCCACUGUAACAAGAAGACCGACUAGUGGAAAUACCACGACGACAAGAAGACCCACGCGAAAACCCACAACUAGACCGUCGUCAGCGUCGUCAUCAUCGGCGACGACGAGAAGGCCAUCCGCGACUACGAGGAGACCUACUCGUCCCACCCAGAAACCGUCAUCCGAGAGACCGGCACGUCCCACUAGAGUGACUACUCCGAGACCUAAACCGAGCACAUUGCAGAACGCCACGACGAAAAGGCCUCAAGUGACGACAACCAGACGACCGAAACCGACCACGAAGAAGACCACGACUACGCCGUCCAGCAGCACACAGCAGAUUCCGCUGGAGGCGGAGCAGAGUCUGAAUACGAGUGAAAGCAGCGUUGCAGGGACGGAAACGGCCGAGCCAAACUUUCGGACUCAAUGCGGCGUGAGACCAUUGGUCUCAAGAGCAGGAAAAAUAGUCGGCGGAAAGGGCGCGCAGUUCGGAGAAUGGCCAUGGCAGGUCUUGGUUCGCGAAGCGACCUGGCUCGGCUUGUUUACGAAGAACAAAUGCGGAGGUGUACUUAUCACUGAUAAAUUUGUGAUAACGGCAGCCCAUUGUCAACCAGGAUUCCUGGCUUCUUUGGUCGCGGUGUUCGGCGAAUUUGACAUUUCGGGCGAGUUGGAGUCGAAGCGCAGCGUAACGAAAAAUGUUCGCCGUGUCAUUGUGAACCACGGCUACGAUCCGGCAACGUUCGAGAAUGACCUGGCGCUUCUCGAACUGGAGUCACCGGUGAAGUUUGACGAGCAUAUCGUGCCAAUUUGCAUGCCGGAGGACGGCAUCGACUUCACCGGUCGAAUGGCGACGGUCACGGGUUGGGGCCGGCUUAAAUACAAUGGUGGCGUGCCGUCGGUGCUGCAGGAGGUCCAAGUACCCAUAAUGGAGAACUCGGUUUGCCAGGAGAUGUUCCAAACUGCCAAUCACGCGAAACUGAUCUUAGAUAGCUUCCUCUGCGCCGGAUACGCUAAUGGCCAGAAGGAUUCUUGUGAGGGUGACAGUGGUGGCCCGUUGGUGAUGGAACGACCGGACGGCAGAUGGUUCCUAGUCGGGACCGUUUCUCACGGUAUUAAAUGUGCGGCUCCGUAUCUACCGGGUGUGUACAUGAGGACGACUUACUUCAAGCCCUGGCUGCACAGCAUCACCGGUGUCUGAAAAGCUGGGCCGCGAUCAUCAUCUCACGUUCUCGCGUAAUUAUACGCGAGCGGCACCGGAUGCCAUUCUGUAUAAAUGUACAAAGGAAGCCUAAUUUAUUUCUCUUCGAGAUAGAGUGUACGAAACUCAAUUAAGUAACACAACCGCAGACUGUAAUCAGACUUGAACGUCAGAGGGCUAUUUCGAUUUCUAAAUAAUAACGAAACGCCCCAUUCUCUUACGCAUCCGUUAUUUCGUGUUUUCCAUUAGUGCCACGGAAGUAACACUUCCAUAAGCAAUAAUUUAUACCAACUAAACUUUACUAUAAAACAGAGAAAGAGAAAGAGAGAGAAAAACGAGGAUGAAGAGAGACAAGUGCAUUAAGUUAUUUCAAGUUCAAAAUUAAAUUCUAUGAAAUCGUCUGCGGUAAAAUAUUGCUUCUCGGCGCACGACCAGUGCCUGAUGUUGCAUUUAUGCGUAUUAAUGUUUAAUCUCGCCCUUAUGCAUGUGUAUAUGUAUUCAUAGAGUUAGUGAGAUUGAAGUGGAUAAGAGUAACAGAGUAUCACAGAAACUCUAAAUCGUUAUCGCUCCUAGAACAAUAGAUUCCUAUCGUUCUCCUUACAUCUUUUCACGAUCGACGAAACGGCAAUGCAAAUAAUUCAUGAUUUACGUCAAUGUUCUAUAUAGCGAAUUCCUUUUGCAAACCUGAAAUCGGCUUUUCCUUAACAGAAAUCUUUAACAGAAAUUUUAUUAUUCAAAAUAAUUGUUAACUUAGAAAUUAUUGACUCUUAAACAGUUCUAUUUUUAAAAAUUGACUCCAAAUUAACGAUAUUUCAAAUCGAUAUCGGUAGGUAGCAAUCUUCUUAAAAACACAUGAGCGAAUUUUAAAUUAUUGCGUAUUGAAACUCAAGUGAAUUAAAAAAAUCGCAGAUAUUUCUUCUGACAUUUUACGUCUCUGUCUGCUCUGCGAAUAUUUCCGCUGGCUCUAUAUUACAUACAUAAGUGCGUAAAGAAGAACUACAAGCCCUAUUUAUUUCAUUGUUAGAUGUUAUUUAUUAAAUACAUUUUUAUACGAUAACAACAUGUGGCUAUUUUAUUCACCACCAACACUCCGCGCACGGAAAUAAAAGACAUCAACGACUAUUUGACGUCACGUGGCUGUGCAUAUUACGCGCUGCAAUCGUCGAGGUGGUACUCCUAUUAAAAAUAGCGACAAAUGUUCUCCAAAUCGAUCGAACUUUUAAUAUACUUAUCAUCAUUACAUAUGAACAACGUCAUCGCAUUGAUUACGUCGCUGCUUCCGGUACUUUCCAUCUUUCUCGUCGUUCGUUUGACACGUGUUUGAACUAAAAGGUCAUGACACCGACAAAAAUCUUCAAACGUAUGAACCGCAAGACACCCACCUACAGCACUAAUUCUGUACCGUUCGUAUUCUCAAAAAAUAAAAAAUCGAAAAAAA